UGGCCUCCAGCAUGUUGACCUUUGUCUCCUCGGCAAACAGCGCGGGAAGUCAGGAAUUGUUCGGCUGACGGGCAGUUUUUAUUGUGUGGGCCGUUAGGGGCACAUGUACAGCCGCCAUGGACGUCCAGAUGGUGUCGGUGCGAUUUCUUCCCGCAGUGGUUUUGUUUUGUACUCAGCUUUGCUUCGCCGUUACGGAGGAAGCAUGCAUUUCUCCACUUGGGAUGGAAUCAGGUGACAUAUCACGUGAUCAAAUCACGGCUUCGUCCAGAGACUGCGCCAACGACUGCGGGAUGACGUCAUUUGGUCGUCUCCAUGGCAACGACUCGUGGUACCCUGACAAGUUCGCAACCACUGAGUGGAUACAGAUAGACUUGCUUGAGGUGAAAAGCGUCACGGGAAUUCAGACACAAGGUCACCAGAGGUCAAAUACGACCUACUUUGUGAGUUCCUUCAAACUCCAGUCUUCGAACAAGGCGACUGAUGAUUGGACGACGUAUGGAAACUCCACGUACCCAAAAGAGGACGCUAUAUUUGACGGUAACAGGGAUGCAGACACGGUCAAAGAAAACCUGUUGGAUCCACCCAUACUGGCCAGGUACAUCCGGGUCCUUCCCUGGACCUGGUCUCCUAACGGCGUUUCUCUCCGACUGGAGCUCCUGGGGUGUGAACAAGAACAUACAAUUACCACAACGACGACGGAAGCGACUCAAACCGUUGCCAUAGCAACAAACGUGGGGACACACCCUCACAGGACCACCAACACUGAAGUUCCUGUGACGACCAACACGACUGGUCAGAGCACAAAUCAAACGUCCGCACAAACCGAGCGCCCGGGUUUGACGCGAACUUCUUUCCCAAUAGAUGCAGUCAUAGGAGGCACGGUAGGGGGCGUUCUUGGUCUGAUUCUGCUAGUAGCUGUCGCUGUCGCCGUUGCCAAAAAAAGAGUGGCCUCCCGGGACAGUUACCCCGUCUUCACCAACCCCAUCUACAACAAAACCACCCGGCCGUUAGACAGCAACAGGAACCAGCCUCGGGCUACGCCGGGGUCACUUGAGGAGAUGGAGGAAUUUGUCGUGAACCAAACAUACAGGGGUCCACGGCCCACUGAUGCAAGCGAACCGCUCAAGACAGACAGCUCAGAAAAUUCUGAAAUGAACAUGUGA